AUGGACAAAGAUUUUGCAGAUUCUAUACAAGAGGAGAAGAAAUUUUCAAAGAUACGUCUUGAUGCAUAUAGUCUUUGGAAACUUCUAGAGGCAAUAUGCGAAGAAGAUAGUAACGACGAAGAUCAAGAAGAAGAUGAAGGGUCACUAGAGGAGUAUAUUACUUCAGAGAAUCAUACUCAUCCUCUUGUGGUUUCGUUCGAUGAUCAAGGAAGAAAAGGAGCAAAGUCAGCUGGUUCCCUGUUGGAACUGGUCAGACCGAGAAACCGUGAGAAGAGGAGCAAACUCAAUGAGGAUCGAGUUGCACGAGCAGCUGGAGUGGGUUCAAGCAGUAGUGGUACCAAGGCAGCUACAGUUGUGUCCGCUUCACAGCCUCUUGCAGCAGCUCCUAGUCAGCGUCAGUUGAGGCCUAGAAGGGCCAAGAUAGGGGCACAGCAGAUGGAAAUUGACAAAUCAUCCGACAAUGACACAGAGGAGGAUGCACCCUACUUGAGAGAUCCUCGUGAUGAUGAGGACACUGAGACAGAUGCAGAUGCAAGUGCAGAUGAUGCUAAUGAUGAUGAUGAUGAUGAUGUUGACAGCGAUGAUGGGUCAGAGGAGAGUGCAGUAGGCAGCUCAGACUUGGAGGGUCCUGUGGUGACCCCAGCUAUUCAGAUUCCUUUCAGGUAG